UCUUGGUAAUUUUGAAUAAAAUACAUUAAAUAAAGCAUAAGUCGACGCUGAUAUACCUCACACAUAUGUUAGUGUCGGUUUCCUCUAGCUUUGAAGCAGUGAGAGUGUGUGAGUGUCUGGUAAAUACGCGCUCGUGCUGUGAGGGGGGAUGGGAUGGGGCCACUCAGAGCUCUCGUGCUCCACUAACUCAGCGCGCUCAUUAAUCCCAGCUUUCUCCUUUAUAUCGAUGCUGUCUUAAAUUAAAAUUAAUUUCCCCCGUUACCGCAUGUGUUACGUGGCACCAGAAAAGCAAAAAGUAUUUGUCUGCGAUUGAGUUUUGGUGCAGAAAGCGUUUAAAAUGUAUCCCAUUGGAGCAGCUGGUGCUGCUGAGCUGUGUCAGGGACAUCAGUCUUCAGGGUCAGAUGUUUCUGCUCCCCUGUCUCCUCCGGCACAAGAGUAUGUCUUCAAACCACCUCAACGGCCAGACUUUGGCACAAUGGGUCGGACAAUCAAGCUUCAGGCCAACUUCUUUGAAAUGGAAAUACCCAAGUUGGAGGUGUACCAUUACGACAUAGAUAUAAAGCCCGAGAAAUGCCCACGGAGAGUAAACCGUGAAAUUGUUGAGCACAUGGUCCAGCACUUUAAGACGCAAAUCUUUGGAGAUCGAAAGCCUGUGUAUGAUGGAAGGAAGAAUCUCUACACUGCCAUGCCUUUACCCAUUGGAAGAGAAAAAGUGGAACUGGAGGUCACAAUUCCAGGUGAGGGAAAAGACAGGAGUUUUAAAGUAGCUAUCAAAUGGAUGUCCUGUGUGAGUCUGCAAGCUCUACAUGAAGCACUGACUGGACGGCUACCAAACAUCCCUUUUGAGACCAUUCAGGCUCUGGACGUUGUCAUGAGACAUUUGCCCUCUAUGAGGUACACCCCAGUCGGACGUUCAUUCUUCACUCCCUCUGAGGGCUGCUCCAACCCCCUCGGUGGAGGAAGAGAAGUCUGGUUUGGCUUCCAUCAGUCUGUUCGACCAUCCCUCUGGAAGAUGAUGCUCAACAUUGAUGUGUCUGCCACUGCGUUCUACAAAGCUCAACCUGUGAUUGAGUUCAUGUGUGAAGUUUUGGAUUUUAAAAGCAUUGAAGAGCAACAGAAGCCUUUAACGGAUUCCCAGAGAGUGAAGUUUACCAAGGAAAUCAAAGGAUUGAAGGUUGAAAUCACUCACUGUGGACAGAUGAAGAGAAAAUACAGGGUGUGUAAUGUGACUAGGAGACCAGCCAGCCAUCAAACGUUUCCCUUACAGCAAGAGAAUGGUCAGACUAUUGAAUGCACUGUCGCCCAGUACUUUAAGGAUAAGUACAAACUGGUGCUGCGAUAUCCACAUCUCCCAUGUUUACAAGUUGGUCAGGAGCAAAAACACACUUACCUUCCAUUGGAGGUCUGUAACAUAGUAGCCGGACAGAGAUGCAUCAAAAAACUGACAGACAACCAGACCUCCACUAUGAUACGUGCCACAGCCAGGUCUGCGCCUGAUCGCCAGGAUGAGAUCAGCAAACUGAUGAGAAGUGCCAACUUCAACACAGAUCCUUAUGUGCGUGAGUUUGGAGUUCUGGUUCGAGACGAGAUGACUGAGGUCAAUGGUCGGGUCCUUCAGGCACCUUCAAUUCUCUAUGGUGGAAGGAACAAAGCAAUAGCAACCCCAGUCCAGGGUGUGUGGGACAUGAGGAACAAGCAGUUCCACACAGGGAUUGAGAUCAAAGUGUGGGCUAUUGCCUGCUUUGCCCCGCAGAGGCAGUGUACAGAACUUCUUCUGAAGUAA